AUGGACGUGGCCACGGCGACCAAUAUCCACGCGCCACUUGGCGCCGCGGCAGGGGGCGCGGCCCCUGCACCAAUGGCGCAGCAGUAUGAGCUGGAGGUGGUGGGGGUGCCGACAUAUGGCGGCGCCUACACGCGAUACGACAUCUGUGGGCAUAUCUUUGAGGUGUCCUCGAAAUACGUGAAGCCCAUUCGGCCGAUAGGACGCGGGGCGUACGGCAUUGUGUGUUCAGCAGUGGACAUUGAAACAGAAGAGGAGGUGGCGAUCAAGAAGAUCUCAAAUGCAUUUGACAAUCGCAUCGACGCCAAGCGCACUCUGAGGGAAAUCAAGCUGCUGCGGCACUUCGACCACGAGAACGUGGUCGCGCUAAGAGAUGUGAUCCCACCGCCUGACCGCUCGAGCUUCAACGAUGUGUAUGUGGUGUACGAGCUCAUGGACACGGACCUGCACCAGAUCAUCCAGUCCGGACAGAUGCUGUCAGAGGAGCACUGUCAGUACUUUCUCUACCAGCUAUUGCGGGGAUUAAAGUACAUCCACAGCGCGAGUGUGCUGCAUCGCGACUUAAAGCCCUCCAAUCUGCUGCUCAGUGCAAACUGCGACCUCAAGAUAUGCGACUUUGGCCUCGCAAGGUCCGUGCAGGAGGCGCAUUUCCUCACAGAGUAUGUGGUAACCAGAUGGUACCGCGCUCCUGAGCUGCUUCUCAACUGCCAGACAUACACAGCAGCCAUUGACGUGUGGUCAGUAGGAUGCAUAUUCAUGGAGCUGUUGAAUCGCGAGCCGCUGUUCCCAGGGAAGGACUAUGUGGAGCAGCUUAGGCUGAUCACCAAGUGCCUAGGCUCCCCAGACGAGUCAGACAUUGAGUUUCUCCAAUCAGAGAACGCACGGCGCUACAUCAGAUCGCUGCCCUUCUACCCCAAGCAGCCCCUCGCGCAACGCUACCCGCACCUACCACCCGUUGCGAUCGACCUCAUGUCGAGAAUGCUCACUUUUGAUCCUCUCAAGCGCAUCACAGUGGAGGAGGCACUGUGUCACCCCUACCUCGCAACCCUUCACGACAUAAACGACGAGCCGGCGUGUGACGAGCCGUUUCACUUCGACUUUGAGGGGCCGUUUCUAUCGGAUGAGAUUAUAGGGGAGAUGAUUUAUGCCGAGGCGCUAGCUCUGAAUGCUCCUGUGGAGGAUGGGGAGGGGGUGGAUGGCGAUGGGGACGCUGACAUGAGAUGA